GCGCCCGCCGCCUUCUCCUGCGUCCAGCCCACGACCACAGCCCUCUCUUCCUCGGACCCCCCACCAGCUGCGUGCCGGACGCCCCCAAGGGGAUGGAGACUGUGGGGAAGUUUGAGUUCAGCAGGAAGGACCUCAUUGGCCACGGCGCCUUCGCCGUGGUCUUUAAAGGGAGGCACAAAGAGAAACAUGAUCUGGAGGUGGCGGUCAAGUGCAUUAACAAGAAAAACCUGGCCAAGUCUCAGACCCUGUUGGGGAAGGAAAUCAAAAUCCUGAAGGAAUUGAAACAUGAAAAUAUCGUGGCCUUGUAUGAUUUCCAGGAGGUGGCCAGCUCUGUGUACUUGGUUAUGGAGUACUGCAAUGGGGGCGACCUUGCUGACUACCUGCACUCCAUGCGGACCCUGAGUGAGGACACCAUCCGGCUCUUCCUCCAGCAGAUUGCAGGCGCCAUGAAGAUGCUACACAGCAAGGGUAUUAUCCACCGGGACCUGAAGCCCCAGAAUAUCCUCUUGUCCUACUCUGGGGGCCGAAAGUCCAACCCCAACAACAUCCGAGUGAAGAUUGCUGAUUUUGGAUUUGCCCGUUACCUACAGAACAACAUGAUGGCGGCCACACUCUGCGGUUCUCCUAUGUACAUGGCCCCCGAAGUCAUCAUGUCCCAACACUAUGAUGCCAAAGCUGAUCUGUGGAGUAUAGGGACAAUCAUCUACCAGUGUCUGACAGGCAAGGCUCCCUUCCAGGCCAGCAGUCCACAGGAUCUACGACUGUUCUAUGAGAAGAAUAAGACGCUGUUGCCCAGCAUCCCCAGGGAGACAUCCAGCCCCCUGAGACAGCUGCUUCUGGGCCUUCUUCAGCGGAACCAUAAAGAUCGGAUGGACUUUGAUGAAUUUUUCCAUCACCCUUUCUUGGAUACAAGCUCCUCCAUCAAGAAAUCUCCCCCAGUGCCCAUGCCCUCGUACCCCAGCUCAGGCAGUUCUUCCAGCAGCAGCUCUACCUCCCACCUGGCCUCGCCUCCUUCCCUCGGAGAGAUGCAGCAGCAGCUGCAGAAGACGCUGACCUCCCCAGCCCCAGAUCCAGGAGGCUUCCUCCAGGGUUCCAAGGACUCAGGUGGCAGCAGCAAGAACUCUUCCUGUGACACAGAUGAUUUCGUCAUGGUCCCUGCCCAGUUCCCAACUGACUUGACAGGGGAAGCUGCUGGAGCCAAGGCCACUCAGGACAGUCUGAUGUACAGUGGGAGCUCCCUGGUAACUUCGGCUGGGCUGGAGAGCCAGGGACGGACACCGUCUCCCUCACCCCCCUACAGUGGUUCCCCCAGCCCCUCUGGCCGACCCAGUGCUUUCUCUAGUAGCAGGUACGGCCCGUCCGUCCCCAUCCCUGUCCCCACUCAGAUCCAGAACUACAGGAGAAUCGAACAGAACCUCCAGUCCCCCAACCAGUACACUCCGCCACCGCCACGGUCCGGGAUGGUUCGGAGGUCCAGCAGUACCAGCCCCCUGGGCUUUAAGACUGGCAUCUCCCCCCCAUUUUUCCCUGAGCAUGGAGCCACCUUUCCCAGGAAGUCUUUGGGAGGUGCCAAGCCGUAUAACCCAUCUCCCCAAGCUGGAGCCAUCCCAGAGCGUCCAGGCCCGAGCAGGGUCCCCUCCCCACAAGGCACUGAGAUGUGUGGAGUUGGCAGCGGUGGCAGCAGGGUCUCCAGACCUGGCACCUCCCUCCCAGAACAUUCUCCCAGGGGGCUGGGCUACCGUCUGCACAGCGCCCCUAACCUCUCUGACCUGCACGCGGUGAGGCCCAAACUGCCGAAGCCUCCCACAGACCCUCUGGUGGCCCCCUUUGCUUACCCCCAGGCUAGUCCUCCCCAACAGCAUUAUGGGCUGCAGCCCUGCCGGACCCUCAGGGCAUCCCCGAAGCUGCCUGACUUCAUGCAGCGGAACCCCCUGCCCCCCAUCAUGGGCUCUCCAACCAAGGCUGUACCUGCUUUUGAGUUCCCCAAGACACCGAGUUCUCAGAACCUGCUUACUCUCCUGGCCCAUCAAGGGGUAAUGGUGACCCCAACACGGAACAGGACUCUGCCUGACCUUCGAGAGAUGGGCCACUUCCAGAGCCCACCCAGCCUGGGCUUGAGGCCCAUGGAAGAGAUCAAGGGACCCUUUGGCAGGUCCCUUAGCACUGGCCGUCUCACUGACCUGCUCCUCAAAGCUGCGUUUGGGUCCCAGGCCCCUGAUACAGGGAGCAAUGAAAGCCUUCAGGAGAAGCCCAUGGAGAUCGCUCCCUCUGCUGGCUAUGGAGGGAACCUGCUCCCAGGGGCGAGGGCCGGGGGCGCUUCCAGCCCCUCCCCUGUCAUAUUCACAGUGGGCUCCCCUCCCAGUGGCACAACCCCACCCCAGCUCCCUCGGACCCGGAUGUUCUCAGGUCCCUGCUGGCUGCCUCUCCUUCACACACAUGCAGAUACCCUCCUGGGCUCUUCCAGUUCCCAGAGCUCGGGCGGCUCCUUCAGUGGUCGCCAUCUGAUCCCUGGCAUGGGAGGAGAGGCAGCGGAGGCCCCGGCCAAUCUGCGUUGCUACGGCUUCACCGAUCCCAUCACUGCCAACCUCGAGGGGGCCGUGACCUUUGAGGCCCCUGACUUGCCUGAGGAGACGCUCAUGGAGCAAGAGCACACAGACAUCCUGCGCAGUCUUCGAUUCACGCUGGCCUUUGUCCACUGUGUCAUGGAGAUGGCCUCUGCCAAGGGCAGCACGGGAGAGAUGGGCAGCUCCGUGGCUUCUGAGUACCAGCUGCAGGAGAGCAUCGUGGCCGACCAGAUCAGCCUGCUGAGCCGAGAGUGGAGCUACGCAGAACAGCUGGUGUUGUAUCUGAAGGUGGCUGAGCUGCUGUCCUCUGGCCUGCAGAUGGCUAUCGAACAGAUCAAAGCUGGAAAACUCUGCUUGUCCUCCACCGUCAAGCAAGUCGUGCGGAAACUGAACGAGCUUUAUAAGUCGAGUGUAUCAUCCUGCCAUUGCCUGAACCUACAGCUGCAGAAAUUCUUCCUGGAUAAGCAGAGGCUCAUGGACCGAAUCAACAGCAUCACUGCUGAGAAGUUGAUCUUCAACUACGCUGUGCAGACGGUGCGCUCUGCAGCCCUGGAUGAGAUGUUCCAUCACCGAGAGGACUGCGUGCAGCGCUACCACAAGGCCUUGCUGCUCAUGGAGGGCCUCCAGCAGAUCCUCACAGAGCAGGCAGACAUUGACAACAUCAACAAAUGCAAGAUGUGUAUUGAGCGGAGACUCUCAGCCCUGCUGUCUGGCAUUUGUGCCUAACCCCCCGUGCAGCUCCUCUUGCCCACCCACCAACCUCUUAUGCUUCACGGGACAGCUGUCCGCCCACUCGCCAGUUGUGGGUCAGUUCCUGGCAGCAGUUUGGGCUGCAUCGUGUCUGCAGUCUCGGCCAGACAGACUUGUCGGGACAAAGGCUUUCGGAUCUGUCUCCAAGAAUCCACAUCCCAGUUUUGGAGCCCUGUGACUUCUGCCUCCCUCCCAGGAACAGAGCAAAGGAGAUUAGAAGUAACUACAGUCAGUCACAGCUGGCGCAGCCACCCCACGAGAGGGGGAGGUGUUUCUCUCCCUGAGGGAGAUCACAGAAUUUCCGUCCCCACUGCCCCUUGUCCUUUGAAGAGAGUCACGCUGCUACAUCAUUAUCUUACCAUUUCCAGGGGUCGGGCCCCUCCAAUGCUAUGUCCGUUGCAGGCAGUGGACACUGGGACACAAGGAGGGAACCCCAAGCAUGAAACCCUGACACCAGGCCAGUUACUUUUCCCACUCCUCUUUCCCCCGCUCCCCAUGCUUUCUGCCAGUCAAUCACUUUUCCAAGAUGGCUCUGCCCCCACCUGGUGCUCCAGCAGCAAACUACCAACCUGCAGAUGGCCAGGGCUGGAGCCACCCGGGAUGGGUGGGGAACCAAAGCAAAGACUGACUUUUCGCCUCAAGAACUUGGACCGUUUUUGUGUGCUGGAUCUCUUCACGCCAAAAUGUGCAUAUUCUCAGUGGUUUCAUCCUCAACAUGCUCAAAUGAGCCCAAAUGAGAAUGCACGUCAUCUCUUGCUUUUAAUCUGACUUUAAGGGGAAUUAAAAAAGUU